UUUUUUUUUUGCUUGUCAUCAUUGUCAUCAUCAAAUUAAUUAUUAUCAUCAACAUCAUCAUCAUUGUAUCAUCAAUUGAUUGAUCCAUCAUUGGCAUUUAAUAAUUAUGGAUAGAAAUAUUUGUUUCAUAUUAUUUGCAAUAUUUGUUGCAUAUACUGCAAGAGAUUUAUUCUUUAAAUCUUAUCAGCCAUCAUCACAAGCUGAUGCAAUUGAUUCUGUAAAAAAAGAAAUUCCAUCCAUGUCAUUCCGACAACAAAGGCCAACAAUAAAAAUUCUUUAUUGUUAUUCAUGUGGUUACCAAAGAGCAUUUGAAGAAUAUCGUAAAAUGAUUAUGGAUCAAUUUCCUGAUCUAACCGUAAUUGGUUCGAAUUAUAAUCCAAGCUUUUUGAAAAGUAAACUUGCUCAGCUAAUAUCAAUAACAAAAAUGAUUGCCAUUGCUUUGUUGGUGGCAAAUGUUAACCCUUUUGCUUAUUUUGGUUUACAAACACCACAUUUUUGGGAAUGGAUGCGUGAACAUAAAUUAUAUGCCUGUAUGAUGACAUUUUUUCUUGCUAAUACAUUGGAAAGUCAAUUAAUGUCUAGUGGUGCAUUCGAAAUAUUCUACAAUGAUGUUCCCAUUUGGUCAAUAACAACUGGUCGCAUUCCAUCGGCAAAUGAAUUAAUCGAUAUGAUUGAUAAUCAACAUAAAUUUUUUCAACCUGAAACAUUUGGUACCGGUGGUAGUGGUGAUCAUUUAACAUCACAUACAAUACAUACUACAGGUCGUACAUUAUAAAUAUGAAAAUUGACAACAACAACAACAACAAAAAAAUCAUAGAAUAGAAUCUAUAUCUAUAUAUUAUAAAUAUAUAAUGCAAUCAUACAACGUUCUUCGGCAUCAAUUGAAUUUCAUUUUCCAUUCAUUCAUAAUGCCUGUACAUGUCUUUCCAAAAUUUCCGUAAUUUUUUUUUCUUCUUCUUCUUCUUUGUCUUCAUUUUGUCCAUUGGAAUUUAUACGAAUUUGUAAUAAUGAUAAUAAUAAACAAAAUUUUAACAGAAGCAGCAGCAACAACAACUGAUUUUAUUUGUAAAACCAUAAUGAUUUCCGUUUCGCACACAUUAAAUUUAGAAUCUUGAUGAUGAUAAUCAUCAUUCAUUUACCAUUCUUA